AUGGCCGACAACAAAUACACAUCUGGCGAUUUGGAAUCUAGAGCCAGGGCCCUCGAGAAUGGAUCUGACUUAAACUCGACUAUCGGCGCGGCCGAGUUAUACAUGCAAGCGUUGAGCCUGACUGACUCUCCCUCAGAUCGCAAACGUCUAGAUGCGAAAUGUAGGGAGAUGAUCAGUAAAGCCGAGACGCUGAAAUCCAGUACCAACGGAGAAUCUAAUACCGCUGUGGAAGAACCACUUCUUGGACCUCCGAUCUCGAAGCGAGCGCCGACCACACGUGAGAAAAUCAUUCUGCUGGAAGGGUCCAAGCUGAAUAACUUCGUCUUCAAGCCAUGGGACCAGGACCCUACCAACAAGGACUUCGAGCUUGGGCCUGGUCAGGAGCCCUUCACAGACGCGCCAACUUUACCGCUGUCUGUCGCCCAGCUGGAGUGCUUCGAUGGCUGGAAACGUCCCUCGGAAGCACUCUCAGCCGUCCGCUUUCCGUGCACCGGCGACGACCACGAGGUCACUAUGUCCACAAAAGGCCUUGACAAGAUCGACCUUGUGCAGGACCUGACAUCAGAUUGCUCCGUUGUAGCCAGUCUCUGCGCCGGAAGCUCUAGAGCCGGUCGAGGUCACAAGAAGAUCUCCAGCACUUUCAUGUAUCCUUGGGACCACGAUAAUCAGACCUUCGCAUUAUCUGCCAACGGUAGAUACAUCCUCAGAUUCUACUUCAACGGAUGCUGGCGCCGAGUUGAGAUCGAUGACCUUCUGCCAACCUCAAAGACGGAACGAGUGCUCCACGUCAUCGAUCGAAGAAGACCAGGCUUACUGUGGCCAGCGCUAGUCGAGAAGGCAUACUUGAAAGUCCGCGGAGGUUAUGACUUUCCAGGCAGUAAUAGUGGAACUGAUCUGGCUGUCAUCACAGGCUGGAUACCCGAACAGAUCUUUCUCCAUGAUGACGAUGUGGAUCCAGAAGGUCUGUGGAAAGAGCUCUUUAUGGCAACAAGAGAUGGCCACGCCAUGAUCACGCUGGGUACAGGCAAGCUCUCAAAGCGUGAGCAGAAGCAUCUAGGCCUGGCUGCCGAGCAUGACUACGCAGUAUUGGAGCUCAAAGAGCGUGGUGCCAUCAAAGAAAUGCUCAUCAAGAACCCCUGGCUGAUGGAGAUCGACCCGCCAAUCGAAGAGUCCAGCGACAUGAUACCCGGCACUUUCUGGAUGCCUUUCAACAGUGUCUUCCAGUACUUCGAGAACCUAUACGUGAACUGGAAUCCUGGUUUGUUUGAUCACCGAAGUGAUAUGCACUUUACUUGGAUGCUUGACCGACAGCGGCCUGCAGCAACAAUUCUUGAUGAUCACCAUCAAUUCGUUGUAGUCUCGUCCAAAUCCUCCGAAGUCUGGCUGCUUCUCAACAGACACUUCCGCACGGGUGACUAUACGCACGCUAACAGCGGGCGAAAUGGCUACAUCAGCAUCUUCGUCUUCGAUAAAGACCGCCGUCGAGUGUUGUCUCGAGAAGGUGCGGUUAACAAAGGUCCAUUCGUUGAUUCGCCAAACACUCUCGUCCGAUUCGAAGCUGCUGCAAACAAGCCAUACACGGUCGUUGUGCUACAAGCUGAGCUGCCUCAAGGCAAGCACAAUUUUACGCUAUCUCUGUUCAGUCAUUGCAAAGCAACGCUUGAGCAAGCGCCGCCGCUAUAUCCUCACAAAGUGUCUCUGAGCUCUCAGUGGACAUGGUUCAAUGCAGGCGGAUCUUCGGAUAGUCCACACUAUUUGACGAACCCACAAUUUGGCCUGUCAGUACCAGAUACCCAGCAAGUCGCUCUCGUUCUCCGCGUCGCAGACUCAACGUUGAGCAAUUGCGACAACACACAGAUACAUGUGAAAGUGGCUGUCCUGGGUUCGGAUGGUCAAAGAGUCACUCGCAUUCGGUCCCGUGACGUUGUGGCACACUCUGGUGACUAUCGUCGAGGCAGCACAGUUGUUGAGAAAAUACUACAAAGCGGCAGCUACACUAUCAUUGUGUCUACCUUCGAUAAGCAACAGCUGUCUCCAUUUACCCUUGAUUUCUGCUAUUCCGGCGUGAGCGGCACGUCUUCUGCACCUACAUUCCGGCAGCUCCCCGCCGAAGAUGCUGGCCGUCAUCGCAUACAGGUUCCACCAGCGGUCUUCACUGCGACCGGCACCGAUCGCAUGUUACUGCCUCUGACUUUCCAGCGAACGACUCAAGCAAUCUUUGUUGCCGGUCUUGGCAAGGCACAUCGAAUGGCGUCCGGGGCCAGUAGUUCCGCCAGCUCUUCGCUUUUCAAGCUGAGUUUAGAGCAAGGUCAAGGCCCCUACAAGCAAACGAUCGCAGACAGUUCUCAUCACGAUGAAGAGUAUCAUGCCAUUAGUGCCGGGCUGCGUAUUGACAAUCUCCGACUGCAUCGCGAUAUGCAGAGCGCUGAACAAGGCGGUCUAUGGCUGGUACUGGAGCGUCUGGCACAUGGCGAGGUCCUUGAAGACCAAACAGUGGCCGCGAGUCGGCCAGAAGAAGCAGUCGAAGCCAUUCAGGUUGAGAUCUUGACAGAGUUGAGAGUUGACGUGGGAGCUUGGGGCACUGGACAGGGUUGA